AAUUUUUCGUCAGACGUUUUAAGACGCUUGGUUUUAGUUGUGCGGAGAUUUCUAUUUUGUUGUUGUUUAUAUUUUGUGAUCCGAGUAAAAGAUUCUAAAAGUAAAUCAUUCUAGAUUUUCUUUUAAUUCAAUCAGUCUUUAUUAGCGUUAUUAGCAGUUACCUAUCUUUUGUCUCGUAACAUUAGUGAUAUGUCUCAGUGGAUGAAAAUUCCCUGCCUCCACAAGCAUUUGCAAUUGAAAACGACACUCACCGGUGGACAGAGCUUCCGUUGGAACAAGCAUGACUCCUUCCAAGACGAAUUCAUCGGAGUAUUUGCAAACAUCGUUUGGAUUCUGAAGCAAACCGAAACCGCUUUGCUGUACAAAAUCGUGGGUGAACUUCCGUAUCCAAAUCCAAACAACCAGGACCACAUUUCCAAUGCCAAAAAACAGAGGAUCUCACCCAAAGAGGAAAAUCUCGCGCAAAUACGUCUCAAAGUGCCGGAACCGGAUCGGUAUGCCAGCGGCGGGAAGCUACUCUAUCCGCAGAGCUACUACGAGUCGUUACUUCGGGUGUACUUCCGGUUGGAUGUAGAUCUGGAACGGUGCUACGAUCAGUGGAACAAAUGUCACGUCCACUUCGAGAACAGUGCCGAUCAGUUCUACGCUGUCCGGCAGCUCGAUCAGGACCCGGUGGAGAAUCUGUUCUCUUUCAUUUGCAGUCAGAACAACAACAUCUCCAGAAUUUCCGGCCUUGUAGAAAAGAUAUGCACUCACUACGGUGAUAAAAUCUGCGAGUAUAAUGGGACCACUUUUUACAACUUCCCGGAUGCGGGUAAGUUAGCCUCUCAGCAAGUGGAGGAACGUCUGCGGCAGCUGAGUUUUGGUUACCGGGCCAAAUACAUUCAGAAGUCGGCCGAGGAAAUCCUCGCCAAGGGAGAUCUCGAGUGGUUCCGAAAACUGCAGCAGUUGGACUACAAGGAAGCGCACCGGGAGCUGCUAACGUUGACCGGCAUUGGCCCCAAAGUGGCCGACUGCAUCUGUUUGAUGUCGUUGAACCACCUACAAGCAAUUCCGGUGGAUACGCACGUGUUCCAGAUUGCACGGAACUAUCUGCCGCACCUGGCCAAAUGUAAAACCAUUUCCGGGAAGAUGUACGGUGAGAUUGGGGACAAGUUUCGCGAGGUUUACGGAUCGAAGGCGGGUUGGGCGCAGACAGUGCUGUUCUGUGCCGAUUUACGACAAUUUAAGGAGAAGUCGGAUGAUGUGAACAAUGGGAACUCCGAAGGGCCGAAGGAUGGUCAGAAAAAAGGUAAGGCCAAGCGGUAGAAGUGGGGAAAUAAAAUGUUAAAAUGUUGA